GCGUGCGCAAAAUUGCGGGACUUAGAGAGCAACUGAAGGCGUGCACUAACCUUGUUGAGACCAUAAUCGAUACGAGGGUUCCUCUGGGGGGGAACUAUUAGCCCAUUGAAACUAUUACGAGAUGCCGCUUGCAUAAAUGUUAUGGACUUGCGUUGGAACAAAUUAAAACACAUUAUUGAACGGGUUGCAACGGAGCCAACGAUAUCCUCUGUAUACCAACAAAAACACCCAGGCGUGCCUUCUGUUUUUAAGGUGGAUAUGUUUUGCUAGCAGCUAGCUUACAUUGGGGCAUUGUGUCUUUGUAAACACUGCGUCAGUUGUGUAAGCUAGCUAGCUACCAAAACAAAAAAAACAUGGGACUCGCAUAUUGUUAAAAGGAGGCUGACUCCUUUCCAUUCUUUACCUAAACAUGAGAGAAGAAAGUCGUUCUUUCUUAAGAAGGCAGUUCAUGGCAAUUGAAAGACGGGGUGAACUUUCCUGCUGCCCCGACUUCACGGAGGAGAAAGGGACUUCCGAGAGAGGAGAUAUGCGACCGUGCAACGCUUGUAAUUUUACUUCAAAAUAAAACCCCGAGGUUCUGGAGCGAUGGAGACCGUGGGGAAAUUCGAGUUCAGCAGGAAGGACUUGAUAGGACACGGUGCAUUUGCGGUGGUGUUCAAAGGCAGGAAUAGAGAGAAACACGACUGGGAGGUGGCUGUGAAAUGCAUAAAUAAGAAAAACUUGGCAAAAUCUCAGACCCUUUUGGGAAAAGAGAUCAAGAUACUCAAGGAACUAAAACAUGAGAACAUUGUUGCAUUACAUGACUUUCAGGAAACGGCCAGUUCUGUGUACCUGGUCAUGGAGUACUGCAAUGGUGGGGACCUGGCGGACUAUCUGCACUCCAAGGGCACCCUGAGUGAGGACACCAUCCGGGUGUUUCUGCAGCAGAUAGCUGGAGCCAUGAGGGUGCUGCAAGUCAAGGAUAUCAUCCACCGAGACCUCAAACCCCAGAACAUCCUGCUCUCCUACCACACAGGACGCAAGUCCCACUCCACCAACACCUGCAUCAAGAUAGCUGACUUUGGGUUUGCCCGCUACCUUCAGAACAACAUGAUGGCUGCCACUCUGUGUGGGUCCCCUAUGUACAUGGCACCUGAAGUCAUCAUGUCUCAGAACUAUGAUGCCAAGGCUGACCUGUGGAGCAUCGGUACCAUUUUGUUCCAGUGUCUGACUGGGAAAGCCCCGUUUCAGGCUAGCAGUCCCCAGGACCUCCGGCUGUUUUAUGAGAAAAACAAGAACCUCAGCCCCAACAUCCCCAGAGAGACCUCCUGUCACCUGAGGAAUCUGCUGCUGGGUCUUCUGCAGCGCAACCACAAGGACCGCAUGGACUUCGAGGAGUUCUUCUGUCACCCCUUCCUAGAGACGAGCUCGUCCAUGAAGAAGACUCCUGCUGUGACCAUGACAUGCUUUCCCAGCUCUGCUUCAGCAAGCUCCUGUAGCAGCUCUUCCAACUCACAUUUAGCCUCCCCACCGCAGUCUCUGGCUGAGGUCCAGCAGCUCCGCGCCAAGACCCUUGCCUCCCCUACCGAGGAUGCCCCUGGCCUUCUCCUCAAGGACUCGUCUGGAGGUGGCUGCAGCAGCAAGAACUCCUCUUGUGACACAGACGACUUUGUAAUGGUGCCCGUCCACUUUCCCACAGGUGAGCUCACCUGUGACGGGCCUACUGGGAAGGUGUUCCACGACAGUCUGAUGAACAGCGGCUCUCUAUUGGCCUCUGGUGGCCUGGGCAGUCAGGGCAAGACCCCACCCCACUCCCCCUCCUACAGUGGCUCCCGCAGUCCCAUCAGUCGGCCAAGUGAGUUCUCUGGCAGUAACUGUGGUAACUAUGGCAACUACGGUCAGUCGGUGCCCAUUCCCGUUCCCACUCAGGUCCCCAACUACCAGCGCAUGGAGCAGAACCUUCAUUCCCUCAGCCAUGAUGGCUCCCCACAGCUGUGUACGCUGGUGCGCGGCUGCAGCAGCAAUAGUUCACUGGGAUUCGGAAGGACUGGCCCAUCGCCGCCUUACCCAGGAGGCCACGGGACCUUAGCUGGCCCCUGCAGGCUGUUUGUAGGAGGGGCCAGACCCUUCCAGCUUCCUCAUCAAGCUCUCCAAUUCCCCGACACACGGCCUCCCCCUCAGCAGCAAGGCCUGGGCACCCGGCUCCACAGCGCCCCCUGUCUCCUGGAGGCCACGAGUGGUGGCGGCAGGCAGAAGAUCAGGAAGCAGCACUCUGACCCUGUGGUGGCCAACCUGCAGGCAGGCAUGAUGGCUAUGCGGCCCCUGCACUCCUCCCCCAGGCUGAGUGAACUCAUGCAGCGCAGCCCCCUCCCCACCAUCCUGGGAUCCCCCUCUAGAGCCAUACCACCCUUUGAGUUCCCCAAACCUCCCAACUCCCCCAACCUGGUGACUUUCUUGGCCCAGCAGGGUCUGGUUCUGGCCCCGCCCGGCAGCAAGGCUGCCUCAAACCACAGGUACCCAGGACAGCCUCCUACUGUCCAGCUUGGGCAAUACAGCCAGAGGACUACAGAAGACAACAAAAGCUUCGGCAGGUCUCAGAGUGCAGGUCGUCUGUCUGACAUGCUGCUGAUGGCUGCAUUUGGAGGACCGCUGGGGGAGCACGGCAGCAGUGAGAACCUCAGCUCAAACAGAGACAUCACAGCACCCUCUGGUGGUGGAGCCAUGGCAGCAGGCUCAGCCCUCCCAGCUCAGGUGGUGUUCACUGUGGGCUCCCCACCCAGCGGCAGCAUCCCUCCACAGCCCUCCAAAACCAGACAGUUCUCAGCAGGCUCCUCCAGCUCCAUAAGCCCAGUGGGUUCUUUUACCAGCCGAUUUCAGACAGGCACCUAUCUGGACGGCUUUGAGGGUCCUUCCAGACCAUGCUACAGCUUCACAGACCCAAUUACGGCCAACAUGGGGGGACCUGUUAGCUUCCUGGCCCCUGAGCUGCCAGAGGAGACACUGAUGGAGCAGGAGCACACAGACACCCUGAGGAGCCUGCGCUUCACCCUGGACUUUGCCCGCUGUCUGAUGGAGGUGGCAGGGGUCAGGGGGGCUGGGGCGAAGCACGGGGACACCUCUCCGCCCUCUCUCCUGCAGCAGCAAAGCCUAGUGGCUGACCAGAUCAGCUCCCUCAGCCGGGAGUGGAGCUAUGCGGAGCAGCUGGUGUUGUACAUGAAGACUGCAGAACUUCUGUCGUCUGCCUUGCACACAGCCAUGGAGCGCGUCAAACAGGGAAAACUGUACCCCUCUGCUACUGUCAAACAAGUGGUCAAGAGGCUGAACGAGCUGUACAAGUCCAGCGUGUCGUCCUGCCUCUCCCUCAACACGCGGCUGGCACAUUUCUUCUCCCGCAAGCACCGUCUCAUGGACCACGUCAAUACCAUCACCGCCGAGAGGCUGCUGUUUAGCCACACUGUUCAGAUGGUGCAGGCUGCUGCUCUGGAUGAGAUGUUCCACCAGGGAGAGGCGUCGGUGCUGCGCUACCACAAGGCCCUGCUGCUGAUGGAGGGCCUGUCCUUGCUCCUUACCGAGCAAAACGACAUCCUCAGCGUCAGCAAGUGUAAGGAAUGCAUUGAGCGUCGCCUCACAGCUCUACAGUCAGGGCUAUGUGUUUGAGGACUCAGCUCAGCACCCUUGAUGCUGCUAUGCUAUGAUGUCACUCAUUCUGGACCGGCACCACCAUGCCCAUUCAACCUCCCAACCAACUCUGUAUCUUUCCCCCACCCUCUAGUUUCCAUGGAGAUGUCAGCCGGUGGGGGGUAUGUGUGUUAAGAAGGGCCUAUAGUCUGGACAGGGUAGACUCUGGACUGGUGGUUUCUGUGUCUGCCCCACCACCAAGCACUCUUAGGUGAACUGAUGUUGGAGAUGAAGGGCUUGUGGGGGGGCAACUACACACUCCUCUGUGUGUCAGACAGGACCCCACUAAACGGACUGACUCUCUGCAGAGCCACACACACACACAGCCCCUUACCGUCUGGAACGAUACCCUGACCAAUCACAGUCAAGCUGUCUGCAGGACGAUGCUACUGCAGUCACAGUCUCGCUCCAUUUAAUCCUGUCAGUAAUUCAGCGCAAAGCAAUCACAAAUGAAACUUCACUCCUAAGACAUGAAGUCUUACUAAAUAAGAAGCCACUCAGUGUAAAAAUAUAAUAUAGAUCUUUUUUUGGUGUGUUUUUCAGGGAAACCACAAGAGUUUAAGAACGUUAUCCCAAUUGCAUGGCCUGUCACAGCCCACUGGCCUGUUUGUGUACAUUCUGAGUUGUAUGUAGAAAAUAAGUCAUUUUAAGUUAUGGACCUUACCUGUGAUAGAUAGAACAAUAUAUAGGUGCUGUUACAGAAGUGUUUUACCUUAUUUAUCCCUGUCUGACACUUUAUUGAUGCUUCAUUUGCCAUAUUAAGAAUGAGAAUGUUGCCCAGUAGGUAGAUUGUUGGACCAUAGACAGGAGAAUCUAGAAAGGUUUGCUGUCUGUGCCACUGGGCCUUUGACAGGAUGUUAAAUAUGGACAGGAAAUGGGCCUCGCUGAGCAUUUCCUUUUGACCAGCCAUGUUGGAAGAACAGCUGGAACCACAUACUCCCCAUUCAGCUUUUUAGUCAGAGUGCUUGAGAUGAAUCAUCAUCUUAUUAUUAUUUCCUAAAGUUGUUCUUAACCAGUAAAAAGCCAGGAAUAUCACUUUGUAGACAAAUUAGACAAAGGAAUAUUACCCAAAUUGGAAAAGAAACCAAUUGCCACUGAUCUCUAACCAAAUAGGUGAGAUUUAGUUGAGCUUAAUUUCUUUCAUAUUUUCCCAUUCAAACCUCUUUGUCACAAUCAGUUUCAAUGUAGGUCUGCUUGUAAAACUUGCAGUAGAGUUGCCAGACUGGACUACACCUGUCAAUGACUACUGGUGUUAUUGCACUGUGUUGAGGUUUAUCAGUACUGUACAGAAAGAACAAGGCGGGGGGGGGGGGGGGGGGGGGGGGGUGAGUUAUAAGAUGUACAUGAAACAUAUAUGUUCUGUUUUUCAUGUACAUGCUUGGAGACAAUCUUGUUUUGGGAGUUAUUUCUAUGGUUUUUAUUGUAGUUUUAGGCAGUUUUGUGUUUUGUUUAUUCGUUGUCAGAUGUUGAAGUGUGAUGGUUGUCUUAAUCUUGACAGGGAAAUGUCAUAAGCUAUUAAACUUUGAAAGGUGCCUUUUUGAAGAAGAAGGAAAAAAAUAAGAAAAAUGCUAAAUGUGUAACUGAAAAAAUAUUUUUGUUGUAUUGAGUAGCCAAAAUGAGGACUGAUGCUUGUGUUGAAUUUUGAAAAGCAGUACAGUUUAUUGAAUUGUAGUGGAUCGGUUGUGGAAUUUAUAUUAGAGGUGGGUGGAUAUUUCCCUAACCAUAGCUUGUAUCCUCAGUAAUAACCAAUAGGGGAUGGACAAAAUAUCUCACUGUGCAAUGGACCGGUGGUUAGAGGCAACCUCUACCCACUCGAAGAAGCGUGUGUGUUUUGUGUAUGCAUUUGUGUGAAACUGUUUCAAAGAGUGAAUGAAUGACUUUUAUUUCCUCACUACAGGGAACUAACAGAAACAAGAGCAGGGGAGCAUUUUCCCCUGUGGAGAUUGUCUGAAUAUUCUGGUUUGCCCAUAGAUGCUUUCUUGCCUUUUCACCAGUCAGCAAAAUGUACAACAAGCAUACAGAGUAAAUGUCUAGUUUAUAUCAUACAUCCCAGAUGAAUGAUGUGGUCAAGUCUAGUGACUCAAAAUGUACAACAAGCAUACAGAGUAAAUGUCUAGUUUAUAUUAUACAUCCCAGAUGAAUGAUGUGGUCAAGUCUAGUGACUCAAAAUGUACAACAAGCAUACAGAGUAAAUGUCUAGUUUAUAUUAUACAUCCCAGAUGAAUGAUGUGGUCAAGUCUAGUGACUCAAAUGGCUUUCAUCACCUGAUCAGUUGUUAUAAAAUGGGAAAUGUUCAAUGAGUGGCAGGUAGCAAGGCAAUGGUAGACCUUUUAUUUUAUACGUGUCACUUGUUUAGUUUCUUACGACCAGUAGCCUAGCAGCCAUCCUAAUGUUGUGUAAGAAUCUAAAGCAACCUAUGUCAUGUAAGUCACUCUGAAGAAGAAUGACAACUUCUUGACAACAAGGCGGGUUGAUUGAAAAGGCCCAUGAAGUAAAAGCUUGAUCUGCACUCCAGUGCUUAUGUGACACUAAUGAUACCCACUAUUUCCAUAAUGGAUAUGACUGAAAACAAGGUUUUGCCAACUUAAAGACGUUUGCCGUUUUUCUUUUGGCUUUAUAAAUGCAGUACACCUGAAAGUUUCUUCCACACUGCUGAUUUGAAUAUUGACCAUACUAUCGCAGUAUCACUUGUACAUAAGGAUAGUAAAUGAAGUUAUUUCUCUGAAUGUGUGUAUAUUACAAAGCAUGGACAGAAUUUCCCCACCCAUCCAAAGAAAAGUAUUAGAAAUAGAAACUUUCCCUACUAUCAGUUUUAGACUGUUGUUGGAGCUAUAUCUCUGACUGUACAUUUAAGCCUGUAAAAAGGAGGAAAAAACGACACACUAUUAUUACAAUGUCUGUGUGAACAUUUCUGGUUUGAAAGGCACUGCAGAAAUAAAAUUGUGAAAGGAA